AUGGGUAAUUCUUUGAGACAAUCAACAGAUGAUGAUCUAUCUAUCUAUCUAUCUAUCUAUCUAUCUAUCUAUCUAUCUAUCUAUCUAAAUUUGCUUAAAUUUGUCUCUCGGUUUAUACAUAUCUAUCACAGUGUAUUCAUAUCUAUCUAUCUAUCUAUCUAUCUAUCUAUCUAUCUAUCUAUCUAUCUCAUUCGGAUUGAUAUCUAUCUAUCUAUCUAUCUAUCUAUCUAUCUAUCUAUCUAUCUAUCUAUCUAUCUAUCAAGAAAUAGAUAUAUAAACGGUCGAGCGCAUAACUAUCUGCAUAUCAUAUCAUAUCUAUCUAUCUAUCUAUCUAUCUAUCUAUCUAUCUAUCUAUCACAACCUAUUCAGAUCUAUCUAUCUAUCUAUCUAUCUAUCUAUCUAUCUAUCUAUCUAUCGGAGCCUAUUCAUAACCAUCUAUCUAUCUAUCUAUCUAUCUAUCUAUCUAUCUAUCUAUCUAUCUAUCGGAGCCUAUUCAUAACCAUCUAUCUAUCUAUCGAUCUAUCUAUCUAUCUAUCUAUCUAUCUAUCUAUCACAACCUAUUCAGAUCUAUCUAUCUAUCGAUCUAUCUAUCUAUCUAUCUCAACUUGUUCAUAUCUAUCUAUUUAUCACAACCUAUUCAUAUCUAUCUAUCUAUCUAUCUAUCUAUCUAUCACAAUCUAUGCAUAUCUACCUAUCUCAGCCUGUUCAUAUCUAUCUAUCUAUCUAUCUAUCUAUCUAUCUAUCUAUCUAUCUAUCUUUCCCCAGCCUGUUAAUAUUCUAUCUACUUAUCCCAACUUCUGCAUCUCUCUCUCUCUUUCUAUCUAUCUAUCUAUCUAUCUAUCUAUCUAUCUAUCUAUCUAUCUAUCUAUCUAUCUACGGUUGUUGAGUUAUUCCGGUGCUUCUAGGCCGCAGUUGUGUUUAUAUGUUUAUGUAGCGCCAAUUACAGCAAGUGUCGAGGAUUUGCCUUCAGGUCUACCCAGCUUAUAA